AUGAACACGUCGACAGUCAAAAACAAGGCAUGGAUAAACACGCCAAUAGACACAAACAGGGCAUGGAUGAACACGCCGAUGGGCACAAACAUGGCAUGGAUACACAGGCCGAUAGACACAAACAGGGCAUUGAUGAACACGCCGAUAGACACAAAUAGGGCAUGGAUGAACACGCCCGAUAGACACAAACAGGACAUGGAUGAACACGCUGGUAGACACAAACAGGGCAUGGAUGAUCACACCGGAAAACACAAACAGGGCAUAGAUGAACACGCUGGUAGACACAAACAGGACAUGGAUAAACACGUCGAUAGAUACAAACAGGGCAUAGAUGAACACGCCAAUAGACUCAAACUGGGCAUGGAUCAACACGCCGACAGACACAAACAGGUCAUGGAUGAACACGUCGAUAGAUACAAACAGGGCAUGGAUGAACACGCCAAUAGACACAAACAGGGAAUGGAUGAACACGCUGGUAGACUCAAACAGGGCAUGGAUGAACAUUCGGAUAGACACAAACUGGGCAUAGAUGAACACGCCAGUAGACACAAACAGGGCUUAGAUGAGCAGGCAGUAAAAUGCAUUAAGGACAUCCAAGAACAGUUUGGAAAUACAGCUUUCACUGAAACAACCUACAAACAGUUCUGUAAAGAACAAUCAGCAGAGAAUAAGCUGCCAAUUGACGACACAUACCACUACAUUCAGCUCUAA